GGCCUCCCCACUCCCAGCCCCCCUCAUUCUCUUACCACGGGUCAGUCUGCAAACCUGAGUAAACUUUGCCUGAGACAAACAGCCCAGAUUUUCCACUGCCUGGCUAGACUUCCUCAAAACCAGCACAGCAUAAAGCCAAGCAGCCCGCGGGCAUUCGUCCACUCGGUUGCAGUCUUUGGGUAUUUUAAAAACCAGCUUCUGCCCUUGCAAGAGAACUUUGGUGGCUGAAUUUUAACUCAGGAUGUUGUGGACCACCUUCAUAAUAGCUGCCCUGUUGCCAAUAGCCAAGGCUACUAAUGGCUCUCCUGACGGAAUGCUGGACUCUCAGUGGGAACUCUGGAAGAAAACCCACAGGAAGGAAUAUAAUGGCAAGAUGGAUGAGGUCUCCCGGAGGCUUGUAUGGGAGAAGAACCUUAAAUACAUCAACACCCAUAACCUGCAAUUUUCUCUGGGAAGGCACACUUUUGAAUUGGCUAUGAACCACCUGGGAGAUAUGACCAGUGAAGAAGUUGUUCAGAAAAUGACGGGGCUCAAAGUCCCUCCCGCACGCAAGCCCACCAACGACACCCUCUACAUCCCAGACUGGGAAAAGAGGGUUCCUGACGAAAUGGACUACAGAAAGAAAGGCUAUGUUACUCCCGUCAAGAAUCAGGGCCAGUGUGGGUCCUGCUGGGCUUUCAGCUCCGUGGGGGCCUUGGAGGGGCAGCUCAAGAGGAAGACUGGCAAGCUGCUAAACCUCAGCCCCCAGAACCUGGUGGACUGCGUCACCGACAAUGACGGCUGCGGGGGCGGUUACAUGACCCACGCCUUUGAAUACGUGAAGGAGAACCGAGGCAUUGAUUCAGACGAUUCCUACCCAUACAUUGGCCAGGAUGAAAACUGUAUGUAUAACCCAACUGGUAAAGCUGCCAAGUGCCGUGGUUACAGGGAGAUCCCCGAGGGGAACGAGAAGGCCCUGAAAAGAGCUGUUGCCCGGAUAGGCCCCAUCGCUGUGGGCAUCGAUGCCAGCCUGGCCUCCUUCCAGUUCUACAGCCGAGGUGUGUAUUACGAUGAGCAAUGCGAUGCCGACAACAUCAACCACGCUGUCCUGGCCGUGGGCUACGGGACUCAGAAAGGCACCAAGCACUGGAUUGUUAAAAACAGCUGGGGGGAAGAUUGGGGCAACAAGGGCUACAUCCUGAUGGCCCGGAAUAUGGACAACGCCUGUGGGAUUGCCAACCUGGCCAGCUUCCCAAAGAUGUGACCAGUCCACACAUGCACUGCCACACCAGAAGUGGCCCUCAUGUCAGCAAAUGGCUGGCUUCCUGAGCUGAAAUUACGGAGCACUAAUAAGGGACUUCUGUGAAAGCUGUUUUGCUGCAAUGAUAUAGGCAGUCGUCUGUGACAGCAUAUUAAAAGGCUUUCUUUCAUUUUCA